AUGGACCAUGAGCAGCUUCAUGAUGGCAAGAAGCCCCUUCAGUGCUUGGAAUGUGGGAAGAGUUUCCACAAGAGCACCCACUUUAAUCAUCACCAGAGGAUCCAUACUGGGGAACGGCCCUACAAGUGUGGGAAGUGUGGGAAGGGAUUCAGAGAGAGCUCUGACCUGAUCCAACACCUGACAGUGCACACUGGGGAAUGUCCCUACGAGUGUGGGGAAUGUGGGAAGGGUUGCAAAGACACCUCCGCCCUGAUUCGACACUUGACAGCGCACACCGGCGAACGGCCCUACAAGUGUGGGGAAUGUGGGAAGGGAUUCAGCGUCAGCUCCCACCUGAUUAUCCACCAGAGAAUCCACACUGGGGCACGGCCCUACGAGUGUGGGGAAUGUGGGAAGGGCUUCUGUGACAGCACUGACCUGAUCAUGCACCAGGCAAUGCACACAGGGGAAUGCCCCUACAAGUGCUCAGAAUGUGGGAAGAGCUUCAGCCUGAGCUCCAGUUGGAUCCCUCACAAGAGGAUCCACACCAGGGAGAAGCCCUUUGGGUGUCCUGAGUGUGGGAAGAAGUUUCAGAGCAGAUCCAGUCUGCUCAAGCAUCAGCAGAUUCACACAGAGGAGAGGCCCUUCUGCUGCCCCUGUGGGAAGGGCUUUAAGGAAAACUCCACCCUCGUCACCCACCAGUGCAUCCACACCAGGGAGAGGCCCUGGUGUGUGAAGUGUGUCCCCAGUGUGGGAAGAGCUUCUCCGAGAACCCUCCUGUGA